AGGCCUCUCUAGCGUCCUUCUCUGUUUACCUGCGGAGUUCCGUUACGUCUCUAUACAUUCACGAAACGCGUUGAGUAUAGCCCCUAGGGACGCGGUUCUAGAACUCGCACGCCUGCCAACAUGCAGGUGCCAGUGACCGUGCUAAAUGCCAGCACUAAGCGGGAAACUGGCAAGAAGGCGCAGUUCGCCAAUAUUGCCGCCGCGAAGGCUGUUGCGGACAUUAUUCGAACAACGCUUGGACCGCGCUCUAUGUUGAAGAUGCUCCUAGACCCCAACGGCGGCAUUGUGCUGACGAACGACGGGCACGCUAUCCUCCGAGAAAUUGAUGUAUCCCAUCCAGCAGCAAAGUCGAUGAUCCAGCUGAGCCGGACGCAAGAUGAGGAGGUGGGCGACGGCACAACCUCGGUUAUCAUCCUAGCCGGCGAAAUGCUCCACAUGGCGGAGCCCUUCCUGGAGAAGAACAUCCACCCCACCGUCAUCGUGCGGGGUUUCGCACGGGCGCUGGAGGACUCGAUAAAGAUCAUCGACCAGCUGGCGUUCCCCAUCGACACGGACAACCGGGAACAGAUGCUCAACGUUGUGAACAGCUGCAUCGGCACCAAGUUCACGCACCGCUUUGGGACCCUCAUGGCGGAGUUGGCUCUGGACGCUGUUCGCACGGUGACGGUGGACCUGGGCGGCGGCGCCAAGGAGAUUGACAUCAAGAACUACGCCAAGGUGGAGAAGAUCCCGGGCGGAACCAUCGAGGACUGCCGCGUGCUCAAGGGUGUGAUGUUCAACAAGGACGUGGUGGUGCCGGGGCGCAUGCGGCGGCGCAUCGCCAACCCGCGCAUCCUGCUGCUUGACUGCCCGCUGGAGUACAAGAAGGGCGAGAACCAGACCAACGUGGAGCUCACCAAGGAGGAGGACUGGGCUGCGCUGCUGAAGCAGGAGGAGGAGCAGAUCCAGCGCCAGUGCGAGCAGAUCCUGGCCUUCAAGCCCGACGUGGUGAUCACGGAGAAGGGGCUGUCCGACCUGGCGGCGCACUACCUCACCAAGGCCGGCGUGUCCGCCAUCCGGCGACUGCGCAAGACCGACAACAACCGCAUUGCUCGCGCGUGCGGGGCCACCAUUGUGAACCGCACCGACGAGAUCCGCGAGUCGGACAUCGGCACGGGUGCGGGUUUGUUCGAGGUGGUCAAGAUCGGUGACGAGUUCUUCACCUUCAUCGUGGACUGCAGCCAGCCGCGCGCCUGCACGGUGCUGCUGCGGGGGGCCACCAAGGACAUCCUGAACGAGGUGGAGCGCAACCUGACGGACGCCAUGGGUGUGGCUCGCAACAUCUGCCUGGACCCGCGGCUGGUGCCGGGUGGGGGCGCCUGCGAGAUGGCCAUCAGCCACGGCCUGGCGGAGCGGGCGGCGGGGGUGGAGGGCGUGGAGCAGUGGCCGUACAAGGCAGUGGGUGUUGCCAUGGAGGUCAUUCCCCGCACGCUGGCUCAGAACUGCGGUGCCAACGUCAUCCGCACACUCACCAAGCUGCGCGCCAAGCACGCCGAGUCGCCGGGCUGCAGCUGGGGCAUCAACGGGGAGAGCGGCGAGGUGGCGGACCUGCGCGCGCUUGGCGUGUGGGAGCCGUACCAGGUGAAGGCGCAGACGCUGAAGACGGCCAUCGAGAGCGCGCAGAUGCUGCUGCGCAUUGAUGACAUCGUGUCGGGGCUGAGCAAGAAGGACCGGGGGGCGGGCGGGCGCGGAGGGGCGCAGGUGGAGGACCAUGACAAUGUGG